AUGCGAUUCUUGAGGAACAACUUUCUGUACUCUGCCUUACUCGCCGCGGCACUUCUCAGCACUGCUCGCGAAUUCAUAGUCCAAGAUGAAGGCGGCUUCGCACAAGUUUGUGACAGCGACGAUCUGCUGUUCAGCGCGCAAAGUGCAGAAAUCGGGCGAUACAGUACUUCUACGUUGUCUGGGGGCGAAAACCUCCACCUGAACCACAUUUCUUCGACGAACGACUUCGUGACUGUGUCGAGUGCCCGUUUCCCGAAUCACAGCGUCCGUAUCAAGAAGACUGACUUCUGCGAUCCCACCGUAAAUGUAUAUACAGGAUACUUGGAUGUUGAUGCCGGAGCCAAGCAUAUGUUCUUCUAUUUCUUCGAAAGUAGGAGGAACCCAGCCGAAGACGAUGUUAUGAUGUGGAUCAACGGAGGUCCUGGGUGUUCGUCUGCGAUGGGGCUCCUCAUGGAACUAGGACCAUGUAGCAUUGACAUGGAGGAUCACUCCCCGAACGGCACGAUCUACAACCCGUACUCUUGGAACGAAGUUGCCAACAUCUUCUUCCUCGACCAGCCAGUCGGUGUAGGUUUUUCCUACGCAGACUUUGGAGAAACCGUCGAGACAACCGAGGAAGCCGCGAAGAAUGUCCACGCCUUUAUAUCUAUCUUCUUUGAAACAUUCAAACAAUUCCAAGGCCGACCGCUUCAUCUCUCGGGAGAAAGUUACGGGGGUCGGUAUCUCCCCGUCUUCGCCAGCGAGAUACAUGAUCAAAACGCGAUUGCGGUCAAGGAGGGGCGUUCCACCAUCAACCUUCAAAGUGUGAUCAUUGGGAACGGGAUCACGGAUAUAUCAACCCUAUACGCCGGCCGAUUCGAGAUCGAAUGUGGUGUGUCCGCAUUGGAGACGCCAUUCCAAUCUAUCAAUGCCUGCGUACGGAUGAAGAUGGCACUCCCCAGGUGCCAACAAAUGAUGCAAGCUAAUUGCAUUGAUAGCUUCGACAGUAUAGACUGCCAAGCCACCGUCAAUUUUUGUGAUAAUGAACUAUCAGCCAAUAUGUGGGCAAGCGGCCGAAAUGUCUAUGAUAUCUCCAAGCCAUGCGUGGGUGACCUCUGCUAUUUGGAGAAUACAGCCAUCAUGGACUACAUGAACCUCAAUACGACGCGCAAACUCCUUGGAGCUGAGACUCCGGGGGAAUUUUCGUCAUGUUCAUCAGCCGUCAGCGCUGGCUUCGCUGCACACAUGGACAAAUGGCGUUCACCCACCCAAGUCUACGUCGCCCAAUUGUUGGAAAGGGGCAUACGGGUGCUCAUCUACGCAGGGACCUAUGACUGGCAGUGCAACUGGGUAGCCAAUAAGCUCUGGCUGGAAAAAUUAGAGUGGAGUGGCAAACGCGACUACAACCUCGCGCAAUUCUCCGACUGGACCGUCGAUGGCAACAAGGUAGGGGAACUCAAGCACGCUGGGCUACUGAGUUUCGCUACUAUCAGAGGCGCAGGACAUAUGAUGAGUCUACGCGAUUUUGAUGGCAUUGCGCAAGAGCCUGAUGGGAUCCGUUCUUUCGUUUUUAGGUCCCUCAUGAUAAGCCGAAAGAGGCACUCGCUAUGUUGGAGAGGUGGUUGGCCAAUCAGCUACUGUGAUCUGAUGGAGGAUGUGCUUGAUCAAAUUUCGCGGCAGGAAAAUAUGGAACACAGGCAUCACGAUAGGUCCCAGUUCACGACCGUUGCUGAAUUUAUUUCCUACCCAAGCGUAGGCGUGCUCGGUUACCGUACUUCUAUGAAAGUCGACCACGGAGUAAGAAAGCCCGGGUGGACACCAUCACUGUACCUCCCUUUCAAGCCCUUUCCUCUCCCUUUUCCCUCUUCGUUCUUCUUUGGGUCGCCCGGCAGCACCCCCAUUCCUUGCGAUCUGCACUUGAUUCUUCACACUCUUUGA